AUGCAACAACAAAAAACAUGCAUCAAUAACACCGAUAGUAACAGCGGAUCUCUGUUUCCGAAACAAAGCGCAAAUCCAUUACUUUUCGGACGAAUGCAUUCAGAGCCGGAAAGAUCGUUGCCUUUGGUUGAGUUUCAACCGCUGGAACUGCCAAACGAUCAGUCGUUUAAUCCAAAUCACAGGUCGUGUCCAGAAAUCAGACCCGAAAUGAAGAAUCAACGCAUGAAUUCGGAGGACGAUCCGAACUGUCCGAAUAAGAUGCAAAACUUGUCGUCUGUGGGCAACAAAGUAGACAUCGUUUGUGGCGGCAAUUACGGUGCAUCGGGGGUCGGGACGGCUAAUGACCAAGUCUUUCGGUUUCGCGGCGCGAGAGUGAAGCAUCAUCUGUGGCCAAGUCAUGCGCGCAAUUUGUUGUCAUCACGUCUUGAGCACAGUUUUCUGACCCGAACGGUGUCGCGCGAAUCGAUGAGACAGUCGACGCACGCUCUAAACUCGUGUUGCGAGACUCAGCCCCUAAUGGCCACUAUAUGUCAUUCCAAUGCUAAUUAUAUUCCGUGUGGAAACUGUGCAGUUGGGUCAUCAUAUGUUGGGUCGACAGCGACUACAUGUUCACGGAGUGCGUGUCCGGGACUGCGACCUAUGGUGGACAACGAAAUCGCAGAAAUCGCUGCCGACUCCAUGAGAAUCAAUGGAGCUCUGCGUCAGUUCAAACAACUUCGUAAACCAAUCAACUCAUCGACCCUUUCCAUUGUGAAUGCUAUUAAAAACUGUUCGGUCGGAUCUGAAAACGAACCUAACGUUCCACUAAUGAGUGUCUCAACUGAACAACCAUACAAUCAAAGAUCAUUUGCAUCAAACAGUAUUGAUAGUGAAAAGAAAAAGAGUUCGUCGGGAAAGUCGGGCUUUUAUAAGCCAAAUGUCGGCUACCGAUUGGGCCGACGGAAAGCACUCUUCGAGAAACGCAAAAGAGUUAGUGAUUAUGCAUUGGUUAUGGCAUUACUCGGCAUUGUUUUGAUGAUCAUCGAGAAUGAACUCUCAUCUUCUGGAAUCUACUCUAAGGCAUCAGUCUAUUCCUAUGCUGUGAAAACACUUAUAACGGUCUCAACACUAAUGCUUUUGGGUCUUAUAGUGGCCUAUCAUUCACUGGAAGUGCAGUUAUUUAUGAUCGAUAAUUGUGUUGACGACUGGCGAAUUGCGAUGACAUCCCAAAGAGUAGCCCAAAUUGUGUUAGAGUUGAUCAUCUGUUCAAUACAUCCCAUUCCCGGGGAAUACUAUUUCGUAUGGACAACAAAGUUGGCCAACAGGGGCGGCAGGUUUAAGAGCAGUUCAGUUCCGGUUCCGGUAGAUGUGGCCCUUUCGUUGCCUAUGUUUUUACGCCUAUAUCUGAUCUGUCGGGUAAUGCUAUUGCACAGCAAAUUAUUCACAGACGCCUCAUCGAGAAGUAUCGGUGCACUCAACCGAAUCAACUUUAACACCCGUUUUGUCCUCAAGACACUGAUGACCAUAUGUCCCGGCACUUGCCUUAUGGUCUUUUUGGUCUCCCUAUGGAUCAUCGGGUCGUGGACUAUGAGACUAUGCGAAAGAAAUCAUGAUGAGGCGCACGCAAACCUAUUGAACACAAUGUGGUUAACAGCCAUCACUUUUCUAUCUAUUGGUUACGGGGAUAUAGUUCCCAAUACAUACUGUGGAAGAGGUAUAGCCGUGUGCUCCGGACUCAUAGGCGCCGGCUGUACGGCACUGGUAGUGGCAGUGAUAGCGAGAAAAUUGGAGUUAUCCCGAGCAGAAAAACACGUCCACAACUUUAUGAUGGAUACACAGCUCACUAAAAGAUUGAAGAAUGCUGCGGCCAAUGUCUUAAGGGAGACCUGGCUCAUCUACAAGAAUACCAAACUGACCAAAAAGAUUAAUACAUCGCGUGUACGGACACACCAGAGAAAGUUUUUAUUAGCCAUUUAUAGCCUUAGAAAAGUGAAAAUGGACCAACGAAAGCUUAUGGAUAACGCCAAUACCAUCACCGAUAUGGCUAAACUACAAAACAAUGUCUAUGAGAUAGUGUCCGACAUAAACGCCAGGCAGGAGUUGUUAGAGGAAAAGAUGAUUACUAUGGAGGACAGGAUGUCAUUGAUUUUCGAUCAAAUUGAAGCCCUGCCCGACCUAUUGGCCAAAGUUAUACUGCAAACCCAUUCGGGACAUCAGGCGCUCCGGACAUCAUUGCCGACACUCGUCGAGAAUAUCAAUGAGAAAAACAAUACACAACUACAGAAUUACAACAAUUUUAACAAUAAUCCAACGGAUCAGUCGUCACAAAAACAUACUUAUCUUCAUCCAAACGACGCUCAGGCAGGUCGGCCCAGUUGGUCGGCCUCUAAUCUGACGUCGCCGGCCACUGGCGGCCGACAGUUUCUUACGCCAACUGUCCUGAGAACCAGUUCUGUUGAUACAUGAUUUAAAUCUAUUAUUUAACAAAUAAACAAAACAAUUAAAAAAUUAAAAACUUAUUGUAU